AUGAGCUGAUGAAGAUAUCGUUGACAAGAGAAUGCUUUUGGGCUUUUGGUGCUAUCCUUGCACGUUUGAGGACUAACAAGGCCGAAGAGGGUAGAUUCUAGAUUUAAUUAUUGCAUUACUAACGAAUUUGAACAUCAUUGAGUUGAAAAUCUUACUAAGCUUAAUUUUAGCUCCUGGGUAAUGUCCAUAUUCAAACAUAAUUUGACUGAGUAA